AUGGAGCCGCCGGACUCCCACGCGGAUCUCCGGGUGCGUUGGGGCUGCGGCUGCGGGCGAGUCCCCCAGGCUGCGCCACAGCCGGGCCCUGAACCCCUCCAACCGCCCCCCCAGCGCCAGACCUGGGUCUUCAGGUCCAAGGAGCUGAUGCUGAAGUCGGGCAGCGCCGUGCCCGAGGGGAGCCUGGUCUACGUGCGGGAAGGGAGCAGCGCCUUCCUCCGCACCCCCACCGGCUGGAGCCGCCUCCUGCCAGCACCAGGGGAAGGAGCUGGUUCCCCCCUCACCUCUCCCUCUGCUCGUUGCUUUGAGCAGCUGGAGGAUUCGGAGUCGCUCUUCGCUGGGGACGACCCCUCCACCUCCACCCCACGGUACCAGGAGGCGAAGCGGGUGAAGACAAGAGGUCCUGUCACAGGGCCACCCACGCUGGCCCCGACGGACUCGCUGGUCCAGAAGGAGGAAGGACAAGGGCUGCCCCAGAUCCUGCCAACCACCAUCGCCCCACGGAUCCCAUCACUCCGCCUGGCCGCCCUGAACGUGCCCCUCGCCGGUGACAUGAGCGGGAUCCGGGGCGCUGACCUGCAGUGCUACCGGCAGUCCCAGGAGGCUCAGCUCUACGGCACUUUCCGGGCGUUCCUGUCGGCCCCCACCCAGGACCUGGUCUCCAUCGUCAAGAGGACGGACAGGACCCUCCCUGUUGUCAACCUGAAGGGCCAGCUGCUGGCCAAAUCCUGGAGCUCCCUCUUCGAGGGCCAGGCCGGUGCCGCCCCGCGGGGCCCCAUCUACUCCUUCAAUGGGCGCAACGUCCUGACGGAUCCCCUCUGUCCGCCGCCCCUCACUGCCGCCGUCUCUCGCCCGCAGCCCGCCAACCCCCGGGUGCCCAAGGGCGAUGACGCCAAGAAGCUGCUCUCGGUGGAGCACAUCUACCAGAAGAAGACGCAGCUGGAGCACAUCCUGCUCCGGCCCGACACCUACAUCGGCUCCGUGGAGCUGGUCACCCAGCAAAUGUGGGUUUUUGAUGAGGACCUGGGCCUUAACUGCAGAGAAGUGACCUUUGUGCCUGGCUUGUACAAGAUCUUUGAUGAGAUUCUGGUCAACGCUGCAGACAACAAGCAGAGGGAUAAGAACAUGUCAUGCAUUAAAAUUACAAUUGACGUAGAGAAUAACACAAUCAGCAUAUGGAACAAUGGGAAAGGUAUUCCAGUUGUUGAACACAAAGUGGAAAAGGUCUUUGUGCCUGCUCUUAUCUUUGGGCAGCUCCUAACAUCCAGCAACUACGAUGACAACGAAAAGAAAGUCACAGGUGGGCGAAAUGGUUAUGGAGCCAAACUGUGCAACAUAUUUAGCACAAAAUUUACUGUGGAAACCGCAUGUCGCGAGUACAAGAAAUUAUUCAAGCAGACUUGGACUGACAACAUGGGAAAGGCUGGAGAAAUGCAGCUGAAAUAUUUUGAUGGAGAUGAUUACACGUGUGUUACUUUCCAACCUGAUCUGUCAAAAUUCAAGAUGACAAUUCUCGAUAAAGACAUUGUAGCGCUGAUGUCUCGAAGAGCUUAUGAUAUUGCUGGAUCCACAAAGGAUGUCAAAGUUUUCCUAAACGGACAGAGGCUGCCUGUGAAAGGAUUCCGCAGUUACGUGGACCUCUACCUGAAGGACAAAGUAGAUGAAACUGGUAACGCACUUAAGGUGGUGCAUGAGGAAGUAAACUCUCGGUGGGAAGUGUGUCUGACUUUGAGCGAAAAGGGCUUCCAGCAAGUUAGCUUUGUCAACAGCAUUGCCACUACGAAGGGUGGCAGGCACGUUGACUACGUAGCUGACCAGCUUGUGACUAAACUCAUUGAUGUUGUGAAAAAGAAGAACAAAAAUGGAGUUGGAGUGAAGCCUUUUCAGGUGAAGAACCACAUGUGGAUUUUCGUGAAUUCCUUAAUUGAAAAUCCAACCUUUGACUCUCAGACCAAGGAGAACAUGACUCUGCAGGCAAAGAGCUUUGGCUCAACCUGUAAACUGAGUGAAAAAUUUGUUAAGAGUGCACUUAGCUGUGGUAUUGUUGAAAGUGUCCUAAACUGGGUGAAAUUUAAAGCUCAGAGCCAGCUGAAUAAGAAAUGUUCAGCUGUGAAACACACUAAGAUUAAGGGUGUUCCUAAGCUGGAUGAUGCCAAUGAUGCUGGCAGCAAGCACUCUUUAGAUUGUACGCUUAUCCUGACUGAGGGAGACUCAGCCAAAACACUGGCUGUUUCUGGUCUGGGAGUGGUUGGUAGAGACAAAUAUGGAGUAUUUCCCCUUCGUGGGAAAAUGCUCAACGUCAGAGAAGCUUCUCAUAAGCAGAUUAUGGAAAAUGCUGAAAUCAACAACAUCAUCAAGAUUGUGGGUUUGCAAUAUAAAAAGAACUAUGAAGAUCAAGAAUCUUUAAAGAGUCUUCGCUAUGGAAAGAUUAUGAUUAUGACAGAUCAGGAUCAAGAUGGCUCGCAUAUCAAAGGUUUGCUGAUUAACUUCAUCCAUCACAACUGGCCAUCUCUUCUAAGGCACAACUUCUUGGAGGAAUUUAUUACUCCCAUCAUAAAGGUCUCUAAAAAGAAAGAAGAAAUUGCAUUCUACAGCAUUCCUGAAUUUGAAGAAUGGAAAAACAGUACGCAGAACUACAAUUCAUGGAAAAUCAAGUACUAUAAAGGUUUGGGUACCAGCACGUCGAAGGAGGCUAAAGAAUACUUUGCGGAUAUGGCAAAGCAUCGAAUUGGCUUCAAAUAUUCCGGUCCCGAAGAUGAUGCUGCGAUCACCCUGGCCUUUAGCAAGAAGAAGGUAGAAGAGCGAAAGGAGUGGCUGACUAAUUUCAUGGAGGAUAGAAGACAACGGAAGCUGCAUGGUCUGCCAGAGGAAUACCUAUAUGGGAAAAACACUCAUUACCUGACGUACAACGACUUCAUCAACAAGGAGUUAGUGCUGUUCUCAAACUCAGAUAAUGAAAGAUCAAUCCCAUCCCUGGUUGAUGGCUUGAAGCCAGGCCAAAGAAAAGUUCUGUUCACGUGUUUCAAACGAAACGAUAAGCGGGAGGUGAAGGUUGCUCAGCUGGCUGGUUCUGUAGCUGAGAUGUCCUCAUACCAUCAUGGUGAAGCAUCACUGAUGAUGACUAUUAUUAACUUAGCUCAGAACUUUGUGGGCAGUAACAACCUCAACUUGCUGCAGCCCAUUGGUCAGUUUGGCACAAGGCUGCAUGGUGGGAAGGACUCUGCCAGCCCUCGAUACAUCUUCACAAUGCUCAGCCCACUAGCACGGCUGCUGUUCCCACCAAUGGAUGACAAUAUCCUCAAGUUCCUCUACGACGACAACCAACGCGUGGAGCCGGAGUGGUACAUGCCCAUCAUCCCCAUGGUGCUGAUCAACGGGGCGGAGGGGAUCGGCACCGGCUGGUCCUGCAAGAUCCCCAACUUCGAUAUCAGGGAAGUCGUGAACAAUAUCCGUCGCCUGAUGGAUGGAGAAGAGGCCUUGCCAAUGCUUCCUAGUUACAAGAAUUUCAAAGGCACCAUACAUGAGCUGGGUCCUAACCAGUACGUGAUAAGUGGUGAAGUGUCUAUUAUCGAUUCUACAACCAUCGAGAUCACCGAACUGCCCGUCAGAACGUGGACACAGACAUACAAAGAGCAAGUCCUGGAGCCAAUGUUAAACGGGACUGAGAAGACACCCCCACUGAUCACAGACUAUAAAGAAUAUCACACAGACACGACAGUGAAGUUUAUAGUGAAGAUGACCGAAGAAAAACUAGCUGAAGCUCAAGCAGCGGGACUGCAUAAAGUCUUCAAACUCCAAACGAGUUUGACAUGCAACUCCAUGGUUCUUUUUGACCACGUUGGCUUUCUCAAGAAGUACGACUCUCCCCAGGAUAUUCUGAAGGAGUUCUUUGAACUCAGGCUCCGCUAUUACAACCUGCGAAAAGAAUGGCUCAUUGGGAUGCUGGGCGCCGAGUCCGCGAAACUGAGCAACCAGGCUCGGUUCAUCCUGGAGAAAAUAGAUGGCAAAAUCGUGAUCGAAAACAAACCCAAGAAAGAGCUGAUUCAGGUUCUUAUCAAGAGAGGGUACGAAUCUGACCCAGUGAAGGCUUGGAAGGAAUCACAAAACAAGGAAGAGGAGGAGGAGAGGGAGGAGGAGGCAGAGGAGGGUGACAAAGAACCAGCUGCCGAUACUGGACCUGACUUCAACUAUCUACUGAACAUGCCCCUUUGGUAUCUGACCAAAGAGAAGAAAGAUGAGCUCUGUAAGCAGAGAGAUAACAAAGAAAAGGAGCUGGAAGACCUUAAGUGCAAGAGUGCCUCUGAUCUGUGGAAGGAAGACCUUGCUGUCUUUGUUGAAGAACUUGAUGCGGUGGAAGCCAAGCAAAUUCAGGAUGAGAAGGCAGGGUGUGGUGGUAAACCUCUAAAGAUGAAAGGAGGGAAAAUGAAGGUGAAGAAGGAGCAACUGCCAGAAGUAAUGCCAUCACCUCAUGGCAUAAGGGUUGUUCCUCAGAUAACUGCAGAGAUGAAGGCAGAGGCAGAGAAGAGAACUAAAAAGAAAAUAAAGACUGAAAAAAAUGAGUUCGAUGAGAACCAAGAAGAAAAUACAUCAGGAGACAAAGGGUCUUCAGACCUUAAGCAGAAAUUAAAGCUGAAGACUAACACUGAGCGAGGUCAUAAGAGGCAGGCCACUCUACCUUUUAAACCAUUAAAGAAAAUGAAGAAACGAAACCCUUGGUCGGACUCGGGGUCCGGUUCAGAGUCUGAUUUUGAGGCACCUCCUCAGAGAGAGCGAGUGGUUCGCCGAGCGGCAGCCAAAGUCAAGACCAUCGUCAGUUCGGACUCGGAUCCAAAUCUCUCCAGCUCGGAUGAGGAGUCGGAAUUUCAGGUCAACAGUGAAUCGGAUACGCCCCCCCCUAAAAUCCCAUCUCCCAAACCCAAAGCUGCUCCAAAGGAAACCGCUGAAAAAGCAGCUAAAGCUCCCAAGCAAAAGCCAGUGCAAAGUGCUGCCCCCGUUCAGGUCCAAGAUGUUGAUAAUGGAAAUGUGAGUCAAGAUUCUGCAGCUCCUCCUGUUGUUGUGCCUCACGCUAAGGCCGCGCCUAAAAAAACUGCUGCAGCUAAGAAGGCCAGUGCCACUACAGAUAACCAGCCGUCCAUCAUGGAUCUUCUGGCCAAGAAAAAGGCUGCGCCCAAGCCCAGCAAGGCGGGGAAGGAGGGACCCCUGGACGCCAAGGCUGGAGGAGCCGCAGGGGACAAGAAGCCCGCCCAGACCAAGGGACGGAAAGUCACCCGCAAGCAGCCGAGGGCUUUCAUUUCGGAUUCGGAUUCAGAUUCGGAUUUCGGCUCGAAACCUUCCAAAUCGGUUGCAGCAAAGAAAUCCAAGCUGGAAGACGACGAUGGCUUCACCGGUGGCUCCACCGCUCGUGCCGACAGCCCCGUAGCAGCUGCCGCCCCCGCCAGGCCCGGACGACUCAAAAAACCCGUCCGGUACUUGGAGGAGUCCGACGAGGACGAUCUGUUUUGAAUUUUUAUGAAGAUUUUUAAACCGCUGAAGCAAACCCAUCUCCAAACUGGCCUUUCGCAGUGCUCUCGCCAAAGAACAUCUCAGACUGGGAAGUCUUUUUACUGAAUUUAAGCUAGUCCAUAAAUGUUUGUUAGAACUGACUACAGUUCUAUUUUUCUUGGUUUUAAGUAACUGAAAUUUGUUUAAACGGAACCCCCCUCCUUUUUUGUGAACACUGCAGCCAUGUGCCCAGCCAGUGCUGAUGCACUUCCCUCUCCCUAUUAGUUAGAUGGAAUCUUUCCACCCCUUUGGUCAUUUUAACGUUAAAGUAGACUUUAGAACGUUUCCAGUCCUUUAAAAUACCCUCACGUAGAUACCUUCCUCCUUAGAUAUCUUAAAAAAAUAAUAAAAUAGGUAAGCUUUUAACUCCACAACCCUGGGGACACAGCGUGAGGCGUCGGCGUUCAGAGCUCCGUGCUCGUGUUUUUCUCUCUCGCAGCCCUUUACGCCCGUGCAGGCCCCUGUUCAGCCUCCGCCACGUUGAGUUUUACCCCGUCGGGUUUUUUAAAACCCAGAUUUAGCGACGGGGCUUUGCGCAGACUUGUCUCCUCUCUGCGCUCGGCGUUGGCAGUUUUAUCUCCUGCCUGGCUGCCAAGAAACCCCGUGCUGGGCUGGGUCGGCCCUGAGGUCACCCCCAGGUGAGAGGUGGCCGGCGGCUGGUGGCCAGGACAGACCUUUGCUGGCCCGAGCUCCCUGAUCUGCCUGUG